GAGCUGGUGCUGCGUUUCGUACGACCGCGUCUCAAGGACUCUCAACGAGGCUUAGUGGCUCUGAUCUUCAAGGCCUACAGUGUGCAUCGAGACGACAACAGGAUUCUGGACAUUCUUGUCAGUAUUCUGCAAGUCAUCAUGGCCAACGGUUAG